CACGGGUUCUCUACAGUGCGAUAUGAACCGACAAGGAUCUGUCUGCAGAUGUUGUUGCAAGACGAAUUUGUGUAUAACGACGAAGCAUUAUUCUGCCUGACAAACACGAACAAUACAUCAACAACUACAAUCAACCCUCUUUAACAACAAAGUACAGUCGCAAAUAUCAUCACAACAACAAAAUUCGUCACUGACGCGUCGAGAAAUACAACACACAUCAAUUCUAACGGGUCGAACCUAUCUACAUUACCUACAGAACACAUAUCUCGUCCAACUGAAACACCUACUGCUGAAAACCUUUCGUUACUGCAAUCAGAAACGCAAAGAAACAGAGCUUCGAUUACUGCUGCUGUUCAAGUUGUUUCAGGUGCCCGUCCACCGGACGCUGCAUUACUAUUACCAGGUGGACUGAACAUUCCAAAGGAAGAAGUUAACGAAGUGACUCCGCCUUCCCGUGAUACAAUUAACAUUGAUACCGACAUUGGUAUUCACUCGAAUACCGUAAAGGUUGUUCCAAGUACAGCGGGAACAACAGCGGGAACAACAACAGAAGCACCGGCGUGCGAGGCGCCUCUCAUUCCACAAUUCGGCAGAUUAAGUUGCUUGGAAGGGAACACGUUGGGAAGCGUCUGUUACUAUUCAUGCAUGGCUGGUUUCUACUUGAUAGGCAACACCAGUACAACUUGCGGUUCAAACUUGCUUUGGAACGCAAGUUCGCCGACAUGUUCUCGUAUUAUGUGCAAUUCGGUUCACACGGAUCCAGUAAACGGUAGAGUUAAUUGCCUGAAUGGUAACAACGCGGGGAAUCAAUGCGUGUUUACAUGCAACGAUAAUUUUUGGUUGGUUGGCGAAAGCGUAUCAACUUGUAUUGACGAUGAUGGAGACGAGUUCGGUGUGUGGAGCAGUGAAGCACCAAUCUGCGUUCCAAAGCUCUGCGACCCACCCUUCCUAAGUGUACCAAAUGGUCGAGUACGUUGCACGAACUGGAACAACUUUGGAAGUAUUUGUCGAAUUCUCUCGUGCAGAAGAGGUUACUUCGCAGAAACACGACGAAUUAUGUGUAUGCCCAACAACAAGUGGAGCUCUAGAUUCCCAACUUGCGUUCCAGGUUCUUGCAACCCGCAUCUCGCUGAACCCAUGAACGGUAGAAUGGUUUGCUCUAAUAACAAUCUAGCGGGCAGCAGAUGCGUAUUUUCGUGUACGCCUCAUCAUCGUUUAGUUGGAUCGACAAUGUCCAGUUGUAUAAACAGCGGAGUUAAUAACAUGGGUGUUUGGACCAGUCCAGCUCCGACCUGCGAACGGUCGACAUGUGUAAACCUCAAUGCACCACGUUUCGGGACAAUCAACUGUAACUUCUUAGGAAGAUUCCAACAAUGUUCCUUCACCUGCCUACCAGGGUAUCUACUUGAAGGGAAAAGAAGAAUUACAUGCGGCUCCAAUUUGUUUUGGGUCUCUGCCCCACCGAUAUGUGUGAAGAUAGAUUGCCAACCUGCGUACGAAGAAUUAGAAAACGGUGGUGUAUCGUGUAGCAACGAAAACCACCUCGGAAGCCAAUGCACGUUUCAGUGCGAUGCUGGGUUUACAUUAAAUGGAACGACAACCACGUACUGUGACGCUUCUAUUGUCGAAGGCGUAAACGUUGGAAUGUGGAGACUACCAGCUCCAACUUGUUUAGGAUGAUGCAUUUAUGUGUGUACGUCACUAGUCAUGAGAGCCAACUGAUGACGUAACGAUUAAUGUGACGUCACCACUACCACCGUCAACAGCCAACCCUUAACCACCCUUCCACUAUUCUAGUAAAUCAUUUUUCUUUUAAUACUCUUGCACACGGUAUAUUAACCAAUGUAGAUGCACCGUUGCAUGUGUUUACUGUGUACAGAGUAUAUGCGAAUAAAUUCAUAACCUCAGGAAAA